ACAGGAAGUGUAUAAACAAUAGUUUUUACAUCCUACUAGUUGGCUCUGUUUCUUUAAAAUAAAGCGACACUAUAGGAAAAUCAGAGAGGAGGAUCAGGACAGAUUGGAAGUAGUUUCAUUUUCUGUGUAGUGUUGAUCUUGAGCUGUUGUUACUUGGAAGAACAUUCCUCACAGAACAGAAGUUGAUAUGACAGAAAUAAUAGAUGAAGAAACUCUGACUGCUGAGAUUGAGGUGACAGAGGAGGAUCAAGAGAACUGUGGAGAAGGAGAUGUGACAGAUGCAAAACCUGGCUGGAAAGGGAUAUUGAAACAUUUUGUCAGUAAGAAGAAGGAUGGCAAGUUGCAGGAAAAAGGGCAAUCUUCUGAAAGCCAUUACAAGGUUGUUUCACCAACAUUCCAGUAUAAGAUGAGCCACCAGCGCGUUGGCAAGUGCAUCAUCAUCAACAACAAGAACUUUGAUGAAAAGACAGGGAUGAAUGUACGCAAUGGCACAGAUCGUGAUGCAGGAGAGCUGUUCAAAUGCUUUAAAAGCUUGGGCUUUGAAGUUUUCAUCUACAAUGACCAGACCUGUAAGAAUAUGGAACGGCUUCUUAAAGAAGUCUCGGACGAGGACCACAGUGACAGCUCCUGCUUCGCCUGCAUCCUGUUGAGUCACGGUGAGGAGGGCAUGAUUUACGGCACGGACGGAGCCAUGCCCAUCAAGAGCAUGACCUCGCUCUUCAAAGGAGACAUGUGCAAGAGCCUCGUGGGAAAGCCCAAGCUCUUUUUCAUCCAGGCUUGUCGAGGUUCAGAGUUUGAUGAUGGCAUACAGACAGACUCAGGACCACCCAAUGACACAAUAGAGACAGAUGCCAAUCCAAGACACAAGAUUCCAGUAGAGGCAGACUUCCUGUUUGCAUACUCUACUGUUCCAGGUUAUUACUCCUGGAGGAAUCCGGGCAGAGGGUCCUGGUUUGUCCAAGCGCUCUGUAAUGUUCUUAAUGAGUUCGGCAAGCAACUUGAGAUCAUGCAGAUCCUCACACGGGUCAACUACAUGGUGGCCACCAGCUUCGAGUCCUGGUCAGAGGACCCCCGUUUUAGCGAGAAGAAACAAAUACCCUGCGUGGUCUCCAUGUUGACAAAAGAGCUGUACUUCAACUGAUCUGAAUAGACCAUUUCACAUCCUUUGCUCCAUCUGCCUUUUCUCAGAAAGCACAGAUGUUCUUGCCAAGGACGUCAAGGAAUAUUUCACCCAAAAAUGAAAAUUCUGUCAUUAUUUACUCACCCUAAUGUUGUUGCAAACCUGUAUGUCUUUCUUCCGUGGAACACAAAAGGUGAAAUUUUAAAAAGUAAUCUCUGUGUUUAUUUGCCAUAUAAUGAAUAGUGACUCUGGUCUGUCAAGCUUGAAGAAGGACAAUAAAACAAUAAAAGCACAGCAAAAGAAAUAGGGAGAAAGAAAUGAAUGUGUUUAGAGUGACAUUAGGGUGGAUAAAUAGUAACAGAAUUCUCAUUUCUGGGUGAAUUAUUCCUUUAACAGUAGCACACUUUUAAUCUGUGAUCUUUUAACAAAUAAUAGCCAAACUGUUAUCCUUUUUUGUCAUUAAUCUGCCAUACAGAAGGAAACCUCAAUGAAAUACUUGAGCAAAAUAUUUGUUACAUACAUUUUAGGAAUUGUUAAACAGUGCACAUUUCCACAUAGCAGACAGUGAAGACACAUCGGAUGUGCAAAGACUGACCACUGACUGACUGACUGACUGACUUCACUCGACCAAUCGGUCACAACAUUCAGGGAUGAUCCAAACCCAGCUGGAAGCGGUGUUGUUUGUGUGUGAAAGCAAUUUUUUACGUCAUGCUGGGCAUACGGACAGCGAAAAGGUUUUCCUCUGUGCUACUUCAUGUUCAAGUUUUGGUGGUUCGACUUCACUUCCACAUUUUAUUCCAGGGAACAGUGAUGUCACAUUUGAUUUGAUCUUUGUUAACUGGCAGUGUAAAAUAUCCAUGUUGCUUUGCCAACUUUGAAAGUUUGCUGCCAACUUUCUCAAUAAAAUGCCAGUGGCUUUUUAUGGCUCAAAGGCAUCUGGUCUUUUGGAGUAUCAAUCUACUUAUACUAAGUUCUUGCCUUAGUCAAAGUUUCAAAGAUCAGCUAUUUCAUUUUUGUUGCUGUGAAAAACCGGCUGGAAAAAGGAGUGGAACCGGCAAUGGAGUGGGACUUAUCUAUUAUGUUUUAUUUGUUUGUCAGCAUCUCAUCUGUCAUUGAUACUCUUGGAAUUUUUUACGUCCAAGACUGAACCUCGCCACUAAAGUAAACUUUAUUUUUCUAUUCAACCUACUGUGCCACCAAGAGCAAUGGUAGUUUUUAUUGCUUGAUAUCUUAGCUUCAGCCCAGCAGUCUAUGAUUUUUCUUUAUAAGUGUCAUCAUUUGGCUUGGAUUCGAAUUAUCAUUUCCAUAAGUCCUUAAGUUUGACCUGCAAAGAUACUGAAUGGUUCUUUCACAUUUUUCUGUCACCGCUUAUCAAAAGUUUAAUCCACUUGCCUGUUGAUAUUUUCAGCUGUUCAAUUCUAAGCAUGAAUGGCCAUUUGUAGCAUUUUAGCAUUGGUUUGGUUUGGUUCGUAGUCCAGAAUUCUCUUCAAAGGGGGUUAAAGAAAGGUCUUGAAUGGAAAUGGAGUGGCAAAUAGUGUGGUAAUGCUGACACCUGCCUGUUUUAGAGGCUAUUCAUCAUCCCUCAAUAGUUAGUUUACAAAAAAAAAAAAAAAAAAAAAAAUGUACCCUCUGUAUUCAAGAUGUAAUUUUAAGCAAAGUGAAUCUUAAGUUAUCUGAUGUUUUGUAUUGAUUUGUCUAUAAUCCUCAGAGGCAGCUAUUGUACCACUGGUAACCAGUUUUACCAUUUAUCAUCUGUCCCAGCUGACCUGAUAUACUCUUUCAAACUUAAAUGAAUAUUUCACCCUAAAAUGAAAGUUCUGUAAUUAUUUUACCCACCUUGUAUGGUAUAUUUUGGUGUAACAUAAAAUGAGCAUUUUUUAAGAACCUUUAUGAAGCCUUUACCUAUACCACAUUUCACUGUCAAGCUCAAAAAAGGACCAAAAACACAACUGAAAAAAAAAAUAGUCCAUAUGACUUGUGCACUAUAUUCCAGGUCUUCUGAAUCAAUACAGUACAAUAGCUUUUUGUAAGGAACAGACUGAAAUUAAGGAAAUUAUUAAAAAAAAUAAAAAAAAAAAAAA